AUGGGUCCUGCUGUCGUCGACUCGACUCCCACGACCGUAACCAAAGAAGCUCAGCCAGGCCCCAAAUCCCUUAAGACGACAGGUGUCUUGGACCAGUUUGAGUCCUUUGAUGUUACCCCCAUCAUUGGUCGCGAGUUCCCCAACGCCAAGCUGGUCGAGUGGCUCAACGCCCCCAAUUCGGACGAGCUCAUACGCGACCUCGCCAUAACCAUCUCUGAGCGCGGAGUCGUCUUUUUCCGUGCCCAGGACGACCUCACCAAUAACCUGCAGAAGGAGCUCGUCCUAAGACUCGGUAAGCUCACCGGCCGCCCGGCGACAUCGGGCUUGCAUAUCCACCCAGUCCUCAACUCGGAGCGCGAGCUCGGCGGCAAGGACGAAAAUAUUAGCACUAUCAGCUCCGUCCAGACCGACGAAUUCUGGAAGGUUGCUGGGCCGGACGAGCUGAGCCCUAAGAUACAGACCACGGCGAGGUGGCAUAGCGAUAUUGCGUUUGAGCCUGUGCCUGCGGAUUAUACGUCUUUGCGUCUAGUUCAGCUGCCUAGAACUGGUGGUGAUACCCUCUGGGCUUCCGGGUACGAACUCUACGACCGCCUUAGCGAGCCUUACCAAAAAUUCCUCGAAACCCUGACCGCCACCUUUAAGCAGCCGCUCUUCCGCAUGGUCGCCGAGAGGGGGGGCUUCCAGCUAUACGACAAGCCGCGCGGCGCACCCGAGAACGUGGGCUCCAAGCUCAAGGCGGUGCAUCCCGUAGUACGCACCAACCCCGUCACCGGCUGGAAGAGCAUCUUCCCCGUGUGCAGCAAUGAGUUUUUCUCAUCCAUCAAUAUAAAUGGCGUGACCGAGGAGGAGAGCAGGAAGCUGCUGGAUUUGUUUCUCGAUAUGGUUUAUCAUAACCCUGACUUGCAGGUGCGGCUCAAGUGGCAAAACCCGAAUGAUCUUGCUAUAUGGGACAACCGCAGCAUGUUUCACAGUCCUAUUUUCGACCAUAGCGGCUUCGGGGAUAGCCUUUUCUUCAUGCACUUCGAUUGGAUUGGAGACAACCGCUUCAUCGGUUGCUAG